GCAGCAGGCCCAGCAGCAACAGAGACCAAUGUUGGGGGGCCUGCAACAGCAGCAGCAGCAGGCAGCGCUCCAACAGCAGCAGCAGCAGCAGCAGCAGCAGCAGCAGCAACAGCAGCAGCAGCAACAGCAGCAGCAGCAGCAGCAGCAGCAGCAGCAGCAGCAGCAGCAGCAGCCAGGGGUGGGUAGAGGAAUGCCCGGCCAGGGGCCUCCAAUGGCGAACCUCAACCACCCCCAGUUUAGAGAGCUUCUUAUGAGGCGGCAUCUCCAGCAGCAGCAGCAGCAGCAGCAGCAGCAGCAGCAGCAGCAGCAGCAGCAGCAGCAGCAGCAGCAGCAGCAGCAGAUGGGAAUGAACCACGGGCAGUUCCAGCAGCCCCAGCCUCCCCUGGGCCAGGUCUACAUGAGCCAGCCUGGAAUGCAGCCUCCUCAGGCUGGGCAACCUGGAGGACCCGCCCCUGGUCCCCAGCAGCCUGGAGGUCCCCCCGGGCCUCAGGGUCAGGGCUAUCCAGGCCCCGCAGCGCAGCAGCAGGCCGCGCUCCAGCAGAGGCUGCAGCACCACCUCCAGCUGCAGCAGCAGCAGCAGCAGCAGAACGCUAUGGCCGGCCUGCAGGGUGGCGAUGGCGGCCCGGGCGGAGGCGGCAUGGGAGGGGGUCCUCAGCAACCACAGCCUCAAGGGCCCCAGGGCCCCCAGGGCGGAGGCCCCUCCCAGCCCUCGCAGGCCCUGCUCCAGCAGGUCCUGCACCAGAGGAUGCUCCAGCAGCAGCUGGGCACCGGGGGGUCCCCGGCCCAGCACAGCAACCCCAUGAGCCCCCAGCAGCAGAUGGCUCCCUCGCCGCACCUCCAGGCCCAGGCGCUGGCCAACCAGGUGCGCUCGCCGCAGCCCUCGCCGCGGCCCCAGUCGCAGCCGCCCCACUCGAGCCCGUCCCCCCGCAUGCAGCCCCAGCCCUCGCCGCACCACAUCUCCCCUCAGACUCAGACGGGCUCCCCGCACCCGGGCCACAUGAACCAGCACCACCCGGGCAUGGGGGCCCCCCCCACCCCGCAGCAGCAGGCGUCGGCCCAACAGAACAAUAUGGAGCAGUUUGGGUCGGAGCAGAACGCCAUGCUGUCGCAGCUCAGCGGCAUGUCCGGGCUGCACGGCCACGGGGGCAACGGCCAAGACCCGCUGGGCCCCAACAUGAACCACAAUCCCCUGGACAUCAUGUAGGGGCGGAGCCCCGGACACCACGAGGGGCGGAGCCCAACACUCUGCGAUUCAUGGCAGAACUGCACUCGCCCCGGACAGUGUUAUUAUCGUUAUUAAGUUUAAUACUUACCCUCCGGGUUCUUUUUAUACUAUUAUUAAAUGUUAUUUAAAAUGUUUUCAAUAAAGAUACAUUGAACUGAACUUCCUAUGGGAGAUGCAACAAUAAAUCAACCGGUCGAUAAAUGAAUUAGAAUAAAUGAAUUGUAAGUUAUUGCUGUUAAUAUAUUUUUUUGCCAAUUGUGUACAAAGGAGGAUAGUUUCUCUAUGCCCCCGCUCUGAGGAUAAAAACAGGAUAUUUUCUGGGAGGGCGGGUGGAUGGUGCAGCAUUUGCCUUUUUAACAAAUGUUUUUAAAGAUUUUAGAAGCGGUAAAGAAUUAAAGAGGACGCGAUUUUAAUGCAAUGGACUUUUUAUGUUUUUUUUUUUUUUUAUCAUUCAGUAUGAAUUUUUCAGAGUGAUGCGAGAUAUUAAUGUUAUCAUAAAUCCAAACAAGAUGCAUAUCUUCGGUUAAAAUGUUUGGUUUUUGAUUUAUUUAUUUUUGUUCAAAGUGGGGUCGUUUUCUUAUUUUUUGUUAUAUUACCCAGAGACUGCUACAAUUGGUAGACAUAUAUUUUGUAAACCGGUCGCAGACGGGCUGGUGUAGGAUCAUCAUUUCGCCGUCGAUGUAUUCGGUCUGUCCAGAGUGAGGUUCUGUCAGUGUUAUGGCGGUGGAGGGCCGAUACCUCCACACCGGCCAAGCACCCCCCCUGCCGGCCACUGUAUGGCUGGCACGCUGGGGGGGACUCACAAACAGCCCGCUCCCUUUUGAAUGUAUGUGUGUGUGUGCGUGGGCGUGUGGGUAUGUGCACUCCUUCCUUAAAAAGACACUUCAUACGAAGCGUGUGGGGAGGGACGGGGGGCGGUCGGUGGCAUACCUGUGUGCCUGUAACGUUUCUAGUAUACGGGGGUGUGGGGACCCGCGGGGCCGGGGUCGUCCAGGGGUUUUUCUUGGACUCUCGCCGUUCCGAGGAGUUUAAGGCGAGAGGCUCUAUCCAAACGGACUGUGUUGCACAGCGACAGGAGGAGAGGCGGCCCGGCCCCCCGCAGCGUGCGUGCGUGACGCUCUCUGUGCCUCUGCGUUUUUCUUUAUUAUUUUUCUGUUGCUGCAUCCCCCGGAUGUGCGCCUCCCACUCUCCGGGAGCAGAGGACUGCCCACUUCCGGUACCGCCCCCUCUCGAGACUCCGCCCUCAAUCUAUCUUUCUGCUAAGAACUUUGGGAGUUUUAAUUUAAUAUUUUUUACUGUACAAAGGAAACACAAACUGUGGACUCAAAUACUGUUUUUAUAAUAAAAUGGAAAUUACAAAUAA